GACAUUUAACUUAAUUUUUUAAUGAUUUUUUAUUUGGUUAAAUUGGAUUCUUGGUUUUAUAUUUUAAUUAAUAAAAUUAAGUACAUGUUUACUUGCUAUUAAAAGUAUUAACUACUGCAAUAAUCUAAUGGCCACUAGGAAUGCAUUAGCAGUGUUAGUCUCAAAGUCUUCAUACUUUGCAUAUCAAAGAACAUACCUUCAUUCUUUUACAAUAUCUUGUAAAAUUCCAAGAGAAACUCUGUUAAAUAAGAUACUACGUAGCAAUUUCUUUGUUAUAAAAGCUAAAAAAACUUCCAAAAAUGCUCCAGGCGCUACGAACGGUAAAGUAAAUGAUAAUUCAAAAGCAAAGUUAAUUAAGGAUCUUAAUUUUCAAUCUGAUGAUGAGGCGAGACCUUUUUAUAAAUUGUCUGUAAAGACUUUACUACAUAUUUACAAGACAACAAAGAAAGAUGAAGAAUGUGGUUAUUGCAAAAACAGGUUGUACUACAUUGCAGAUCAUAUUAAAUGUCCGCCUUUAGUUCUAAGUCAACAAAUUGUUCGAAGAACAUUUAUAUACAACUUAUCAUUUGAUUGGCUUGAAAGUUCCUUGCAAGUAUUAUUAGAUAUGGGUGUGACAGGAGACCGAAUACUGAGAGAUUUGUGGGUUCUUAAAUAUCACCAUAAUACUAUAAAGGAAAGACUACAAAGAGUUAAAGACAAUGGUGUCGAAAACCUUUACCCUUGGAUGGUUAGGUGUUCAGAAGAUAUAAUGAUUAGGUAUAUUCAAAUAUUUCAAGAAACAAAAUCUAUUCUAGGGGAUAAUAAAUCUACAAAGAUGUAUCUUGCCAACCGAUUAAAUAUCUCACCAGAAAUAAUCGAGGAUAUGUACUUAAAAGUUCCAGCCUUAAAAACUACCAGAGCUGCUAAGGUGAAAAAAUUUCUAGACUUCCUAUUAGAACAGGGUUUUAGCCUUGAGGAAAUUACAAAUAAAGCUAGAAUACUUACAGCAUCUCAAAAUACUGUAAAGCAGAGACUUGAAAAGUUGAGAGCCUUGGGUUUACGAGAAAUUAAUUUGAAUGUUUUGUGUAGAAGUAGAAAAGAAUUUCAAAAGUAUUGUGAGUCAAUAGAGUCCAUCACUAAAGAGCAAUUAUAAAAUGUUAUGACUAAUUUUAAUAAACUGUUGUAUUUAAUAUUG